AUGUCCAUAUCAAUGUCUUUGCUCUCUCCGCCACUAACUCGCUUUCAACCUUCCAAACCCCAUUUCACCUACAAAUCGACACUCUCUCUCGGACCCACAAACCCUCCUUUUCUCCUAUCCACUCCCAAGGCCUCUACAGACAAUGGAGGAGCUGGAGUUUCAGCCUCCGCUGCCACUGUAGAGGAACCAAAAUUGGAGCAGAAGACACCAGAGUCUUCUGAUUCAGUUCCUAUGGCUGAAAAUAGCUCUAAUGGAGCAGUGGCUGCUGGGGGAGAGGAGAAGGUUGAAGUGAGUAAAUUUGGGGACCCCAGGUGGAUUUCAGGGACUUGGGACUUGAAGCAGUUUCAGAAAGAUGGGAAAACCGAUUGGGAUGCUGUUAUCGAUGCUGCCACUUAG